AUGGUGGCAGCCAAAGGUAAUGAAGGGCUAUCUAUAUCUAGACAAACCUCCAAAAGGAAAGCUGCAACCUUGGUCGAGGGCGUGCCUCCGUAUCAUGUCUCGGACAACCUAACUAAGUUUCUUCAAGAAACCCAAGCUCAAGCCCCGGUCAUGAUCCGAAUGGUUCAUGGAAUAAUGGAAGUGUUUCGAGAGGUGAAGGACGAUGAGAGCAUCAGAUGGAUAGUCAUAGGAGACGACGAUUCAAUGUUUUUCGUCGAAAAUAUGGUUGAUGUUCUUGCAAAAUAUGAGCAUACAAAGUAUUAUUACCUAGGUGAAAAAGUGAAUGCCAUAAAAUGUUAA